GCUACAUAGUUUUAAAGGACGACUCACUGCAUGCAUGUAAAAAGGGUUAACUACCCCUUCAUUUCGUUUAUCGGACAAAGGAAAGUCACAGCUUCGGACUGCUACUAUCUGGCUGCAUUUUUUUGUUAUACACAAAUUUGGAAAGGAAUUCAGCGAAAUGUCUCACUCUGGGUUUCCUGAGCUAAUGGCACACUUGGAAUGUCCAGUUUGUCUGGACACCUUCUCCGGCCGGGUCCUCCAGUGCAAAAAUGGGCACAACAUCUGCGCCGAACACGCCCCCAAGCUACGAAAGAAAUGUCCCGUCUGCCGCACUUCGUAUGGACGAUACUCCUGUCGAAAUUUACUGGCCGAAAAUCUCGCCGCUCUUCAGACCAAGAAUUGGAUUGACCAAGAAAAUCCCCGUGUUCAAGAUAGGCGUCGCUUUUGGGAUGCUCACCCAGCAAUGGACCGGAAUGUGACGAACAACGAUGACGAAUCUUCCCGCGUCGGUGAUUCUUCUUCGAACGACGAAUCUUCGUCGGGCGAUGAAUCCUCUGAGAGCGACGAAUCUUUUGCGGGUGACGAAUUUCUUGCGAGGAGGGACAAUUGCCAGGUGUUUUUUUUCCUCGUAUUACCCGUCAUUGUCGAGUGUUUAACUGGCAAAAUAUUUAAACUCAAACAUUUCAUAAGGGUGUAUAUCGAUACGUUGACAACUCUGAUUAGCAUUGUGUUUAAAAUAUUUCCAAGUUUUAUAUGGUCGACAGUUCGCUUGGGAAUUGCACAUGCCCCGUAUUCAGGCUGGUUUAGAGGUGUCGCCAUAAUGAAAAUUUUUGCACAGUGAAAUUUUGCAGAGUUGAGCGAUCCUUUGGAGGAUUAGGAAUUGAGAUUCUCAUCCUUCAUUAUUCAACUUUUAUACCAAAAUUGAUUUAAAAACGUAAUGCCACACUUCUAAAAAUGACGAAUUUCAGAGGCAGAGUGGU